AUGGAGCCUGCCAGGAAGAAUAAAGAGGUUAUCGAGACUGGAUGGAUUGCCUCCAGAGGUCUGGAUUGGCAAAUCAGGACCGGCUCCAAUCUGCAAAAGGCUGCUUGGGACGCUAAGUAA